CUAAGCCUCUUGAUCUAUUGUUUCUGAAGCACUGCCCCCCAACCGCAGCAGAACGCCCACUCACCGUCAGCUCCCCCGGUAAGCACAAGCCCAACUAUCCCGCCAAGUUCCUGCGUAAUCACAACAACACGGCCCCGAGAAGAGCGCUUUUCAAAAACGGGCAACGGCGGCGUCGAAGAGGUCAGCAGCGGACAUCAGCAAGCACAGCAGAUCUCCCUCAGGCGGGGAUGGCUUCUCCGGGUAAGGCCGCGGCUCCGUGGGCCGUGAAGCUCGUCCACGACGGGAAAGAGCAAGGGGUUCCCGCGGAGAAGAUUCGCCAGAAGCUGGUGCUCGAGGGCUUGGAGCCCGACCUCAUCGACGGGGUGGUUGAAGCUGGCUCCUUGUCGGCGAAGCUACACACAAUUGAACCGAGCUCGCCGUGCACCUCGCCUCAGCGCCGACAGCUGUCCGCAAGGAAAUUCCAUGACAUGCUCUCGGUUGGUCUACCUCCUGCGGUUGUGCGGCAGAAGAUGGCAAUGGACGGGUGCCAGCCAGAGGAAAUCAAUAACUUCUUCGCGUCGGCUGGAGGUGUGGCGACGGCGGAGGCGGAGGAGGAGAUGGAUGAGGAGGCUAAGCUCGCAGAGCCGCAAGCCGCUUGAUCAGGUCGCUGAUUCUGAGCGACCAGCGAUCGGUUCUUGACCGAACGGUUAUCCUUAUUUUUGGUUUCGAGGCGGCGUUGCAGCAGGACCUGCCGACCAAUAAUUUUGUGCGAGUACCGAUGGUGUGGAUGGUUCAUCGGUCAUUGUUUGGGUUCGAGGUAGUGUAAGAAGCUGCCACCGAUAACAUGUGGGAAUGGGGAACAAUAAUCUUGACGUAUUUGAUGACGGUGUGGAUGAAUACGGUCUGCUACGGGGUGUUCUUCCGAUCCAUCCAUCCGAUCGGUUGCGACGUAUUGACCGGACAACGCUUCCAUUUUGUUGCUGCCUAUUGAUGCCUUCCCUUGCAGAAUAGGAGCUCCUCCACCAUGCUUCGCCUCGUUUGUUUUUUGUUG